AGAUGACCCAGUCCAUCAUGGAGAGCCUGUUUGGAGACGAUCCUUUCUUCGAGGACAUGUAUCUGCUGUGGCCGAGACGCUGCAGCGUGACCGAGAGAUUCCUGCAGCGCAGAGAGCAGAUGAUGGAGAGCUUCAGGGCAGACAUUGGAGACAGACUCAUAAACAAUCUCUUUCAGAGCCUGGAUGAAAUCUUCUCCUCACCAUCAUCUUCCUCAACGUCCGCUGGCAGACUCACAGGCCCCAGCAUUUUCUCUCUCGACACUCGCGGCUUCUCUCCAGAAGACAUCACUGUCACUGUGUGCGGCCGAGCGCUGGAGGUCAAGGUGACAAAGCCAAAGGCGGAGACCGACUCUUCUGCUCCUGCAGGAUUCUCCCGGAGCGUGGAGCUCCCAGAGCACAUCGAUCCGUCCACACUCACCUGCACGCUGGGGGAUGACGGCAUCCUCAAGAUCGAGUCUCAGGUCAAAGAGGCCGAUUCAGAGCAGCAUGCUGUCCCGGUGCGAUUCAGAACGUCGCUGGAUUUCCCCCUGAAUAAAGACGACACAAGUGAAACAGAGCAGAAAAAUGACUAG